AUGGAGAAAAAACCUGAUUUGAUGCUGCUUAUUGUGUUUAUUUCGCUCUCCGGGUCUGACAGGGUCUGUUUUGCUCACUCUAGUACUAUCUUUCUCAUGGGACCAGUGAAGCAGUUGAAACGCAUGUUUGAGACUACACGACUGAUUGCAACCAUCGUGAUGUUGAUGCUGUUACCUCUACCUUUGGUGUCUUCUUCUCAUCUCUCUGGCUAUUCCUUCAUUCCAGGCCCAGGACAAUUGUGUCUUGUACUCACUCUGUGUUCUGCCUUCUGGUGGCACAACAAGGGACUUGCUCUCAUUUUCUGCAUUUUGCAAUCUUUGGCCUUAACAUGGUAA